UUUAUAUUUUUGUAAGAUUGGUAAGACUGAACGAUAACGGUACUUGAUACAUGCUUAAAAAUUUAUAGAAUAAAAUAAGGCGGCGACGCGGAAAAUUAUAUUAUGCUAAAAUUUUUUCACCUAAUUUUUAAUUUUAUAAAAAAUUUAACACGCGCGUGAAUAAUAAAAAAUGUUCUGUUAUAAUAAUAGUAAAAUAUAUAAUAUAUAAAGUAUAACGUGAAAGUAUUCAAUACGCCACGUGACUGCAUGAUUUCUAUACAGUUUAAAUCACAUAGGUUAAGGUGAAGACACUCUGACCGGUCGGCGGGAGAUGAACUUUGCUCUUAGUUUUUAUAUAUUUUUUAUGUAAAAAAUGGAAUUUGACUUAUCGUUCAAUUAUAUGCCAAUAUUUUCCAUUAUUUUAUUAUUAUUUGUCACAUUCACUACAGUCUUCCAAAAACUUAAAUUAAGAUGGCCUGUAAAAGUAAACUGCUGGUUUUGUAACAAAAAUAUAAAAAUUUGGCGACAACAGCUUAAUUGGUGGAUGUGUCCAUAUUGUGAACAAUAUAAUGGUUUUUCUAAGAAUGGUGAUUACUCAUAUAAUAUACCAGAACAAUAUAAGAAACCUUCACAUGAAAUCAAAAGAUAUUGCACAAUCAACCAAAAUAUGACUAAUAAAAGUAUAACUAAUGGGCUCUGCAAACAAUGUAACAUGAAUGAAAACUUAAAAAUAUCAAAAAUAUCUGGCUAUAUACCUGAAAAUGAAAAAAAUUAUGAAUAUGAAAUUAAAAAGUUGAAAGAUAGUUUAGAACAACAAUAUCCAUUGUGUGCAAAAUGUAAAAUUACAGUAAAUAAUGUAUUAUAUAAGCAAGCAAUAUGGCUUGCACAAUAUAAAAUGUUAUUAUUCAAACAAAAACCAUUCUGUAUAAUUGCUAAUGACAAAAAAUGUUUUGAAUUUGUAUGCAGAAUAAUAGCAACAAUAUUAGGUUCUAUGAUAGCAUACAAUAUGGAAUUCAUAUUUUUGCCAGUUGGAGGGUUAUUUUUUCAAUUCUGUGCUUGUUGGAUAACAAAAAAACAAAAUUCUGAUACAUUACUUAUGUUCUUAUGGAUUUGUAUGAUUACACUCUUACCUUUUAAAGAUACAAAAUUAAUUAAAACAGAUUUGCAGAAUUCAUGGUUUUCUCUAGAAUAUAUAACUCAGUAUCAUAUGAUAAUAUUAUUUAUCUCAAUUAUAGGCUUUAUAAAUAUCAUACCUAAAUCUCAUAAAAUUACAUUGAAUAAAAAUAUAUCAUUUAAAAAAAUUGAAUCUUCUACAAAAAAUACAGAAUUAUUUGAUUCAUUUACAACAACUUCAAAUAAUAAGCACAAUUUUAACGUUAAAACUACUGGUAAUUUAAAUGAAAAUGUUGUUAAUCAAUCAGUAGAAAACAAGUCUCAGUGUGUAGGAAAUUCAAUUAAUUCCAAAUCUAUAAUUUUUCAAAAUUUAUUUACAAAUUCGGAAUUACAAUCAUCAUCCAUGUCUGUUGUCAAUAAUGAUGCAAUAUUUAAUUCUAUGCCCAUAUGUAAAAAGAAUAUGAUAGAUAAUAGUUACUCAUUAAAUGAUAGUUUGAGUACAUUAAGCAUAUUAUCAUUAGAUGAAAAUAAACCAAAACAUUCAACUAAAAUACCUAAGAUUUUUCAAACAAAAGUGUAUAGUACAAAAAGUUCCGAGAUCUUUAAAAAAUCUGGUAAAAGACAUAUUUUAUCACCACCAAAACUAAAAUCAGUUACACAAACAUCCUGGGUAGCCGGUGGUUAUUGGCAAGAAGGUAUAGAUGCACCAUCAUUGUCCAGAUCAUCCAGUCAAAGUUCUGGCUUUGGUUCUGUCAGUUCUAAUUUUGGUCCAUCUAGAGAACCAUCUAUACAUGAAUUUGAUCAAUGUUCAGUUGUAUCUGAUACAACACAAUCCUGUUAUACAUUACGGCAAAAUAAUAGUCCCAUUGGGUCUUUUUGUCAACAAAGUCUUCAAUUUUCACCAGAACCAAAAAAUCAAUCAUUUAAUAAUCAAACAGUGAGACUUACAUCAACUAAUCUUUGUACUUCACAAAUGUUAUCAUUGUCUCAAAAUAACAAAAGAAAUAAUUCAAUUUUUAUGGAUCAAUGUUCACAAGGACAAAACAUGAAUAUAAAUGAUAUUAAAAGUCCCUCUGAAAUGCAAAUAUUUCCUAGUCAUACCACUAUUGUAACAAGUCCCAUUUGGUUACCAAUCCUUUUAUGUGGUUCACUUGUAUUAAAUAUAAUAGUGUUAUGUACUAUUUUAUUACAUUGAACAGGGUAUACAUUUUUGCUAUUCUAUCUGAAUUUAUAUUUGCCAUUUAUACGUAUUUUAGUUUUUAAUUAUAAAGCAAGUUGAUUACUAUUUUAUAAAGUAAAACUUAUAAAAAAUAGUAAUUAAUGAUAUAGAAAUUUCAACUUGUUGAUAAAUAGCGAUACACUGCCAGUAUAAAGUUUUCUAUUAUUAUCAUAAAAUAUUGUUAUUAUCACUCGCUUCUUUAUCUCAUAUAAAUCAUUGUAAAUAAAUAUUAUUUUUUUAUAUGCAUUUUACAAAGCAUCAAAUUUGAACAAUAAUGUUAAGUUAAACGCAUAAUAGUGGAAAAUGGGAUACUGGUUCGACGGAAAAAUUAUCUGACAUAAACUGUGAAUCUUGUGAUAAAAAAAACGUUCUCCAUGUGUGUUCAUUAGUAAGAUAUAUAUGUAAUCCAAAAAAUAAGAAUUAAGAAGAACUGAAAUAAUGUGAAAUUAAAUUCACUUUAU